AGCAACCAACCAACGAUGUCGUAUUACGCGAAAGGACACCGCUAUAACCCCAACGAAGACGAAGACGUCGACGAUUUCGACGAGUUUGAUCCAACCCCAUACGGCGGCGGAUACGACAUUACCCUCACCUUCGGCCGUCCUCUUCCUCCCUCCGAUGAAAUAUGCUACCCUCAGUCGUCAGCCUCCUCCGGCAGCUACGGUUCCGGUGGCUCCAGUUACCAGUCCCAUGGUGGCAAUUCUUCAUACGGUGGUGGGUCGGGUAUUGGGAGGAGGAACGAUGACGAAGGGUCCGGCCACAGGCGGCAGAGUGGAUCGGGGUAUGGAGGAAGGAGUGAGUAUGAUAAUCCAAGCUCGGAAUAUGGCUCCGGGAAUCGGCGGAAGAACGAUUUAGAUGGGUAUGGAUCUGGGCAUGGCGGAGGGAGGAGGACUGAUAGCGGUGAGUAUGGUGGUGGACGGAAUACUUAUGGACGUAACGAUGACGAUGAAGAUGAUAACAGGAGACCAUCGUAUGGUCGACGUAACGACGAUGAUGAUGACCGGAGAAACACAUAUGGCAGACGAAAUGAUGAUGACGAUAAUGAUCGGAAACCUAGGUACGGCAGGCGUGAUGAUGACGAUGACGAUGGUUCUCGUGGCAAUAGAUAUGGUGAUGAUGAUAGGAACCGGUUUCAACAUCGUGGACGCUACGAAGAAUAAGAAUUUGUUUUCUUCAAAACCGUUGUUUUACCAAAUAAAAGAAACUAACAUUGGUGCUCCUGAUACACGAAUGUUAAACAGAGCUUUUGGUUUUUACACAUUGUGUAAAACCAUGCAUCGAUUUAUUUAGAAAUUUUGUUUACAUUAAUAUUUUUGAGUUGUAACAAAUAAUCACAUAAAGACAACAUUGUUAUUAAUUUGAAUUCGAAACCUAAAACUUAAACAAGUGCUAGCUACCAAAACCAAGAAUAAGAAUGUUCAUCUAGACCGUGAUCAACAUCAUAUUGUUGAACCAACUGUUCAACUGAGUCCAGUAUGGGCUCAGCUGUUGCAGUAUUAACAUAAUGAAAAGCAAUUUCAGCUCGAAU